AUGGGAUUUUACCACAACAAAUCUGAACCAACACCUCGUCCGGAUAUGGAUCUUGAUCCGUUUGAAAUGGUUCAAGAAACUCAAUUGUUUUCUCAACCCCAACAACAAACUGACUUUCAAACUCAACCACGCUGCCUACUCGACGAGUCAUCCGAUUCUUCUGAUGAAGCCCUUAUUGCAGAUCCAGUUCAAGCAUUUUUUUCAAGAUCCCGAAGUGGAACAACACGUACAAAAAAAGGAAAAGGGAGGGCUAAAAGUAGAGAGUGGACGGAUGAUGAAGAAAGGGCACUAGCUCAAUCAUGGGACUGCAACCCUGAUGCACUUUUCUCGAAGUGGAGGAACACAAAUCGAGCCGCAAUGGAGUUCAACAACAUAUACAUGAACGCGAUAAAAAACCCCCAAAGCGGUGCAACUGAGGUGGAUGUCAUGGCUAAUGUGCGAAAGAUUUACAAGGCCAAAGACGGAAAACCUUUUGUCAAUGAAUCGUUUUGGGAAGUUGCGAAGGGAAAUAAAAAAUGGCUAAAUCUAAAAAGACCAGACGAUUAUGCGGGGAUGUCCAAACGAAGAAAAACUUCAGAGUCCACCCACAGUCAAUCUUCUGAUGCACAUAUCGCGGGGAUUGACGUCAACAACGAUUGUGCUUAUGAAGUUCCAACUCGUCCUAUGGGUCGGGAUAAAGCAAAAAGAAAGUUGAAAGGAGUACAAAAUUCGUCGACUGAAGCGGAGGAGAUAAUAAACACAAUGAAAGGGUUAGACGAUAAGCUUGAGGGUUUUUUGGAAGUGGGAAAGUUAAGAGAAAUAAACUGUGCUAUAAAGGCAAAGAAUCAUGCGUUAGAACUUUACUUUAAACCCAUAGAAGAUCAAUUGUCCAAGGAGGAACGUCGGGUUAUUAACAAAGCCAAGCAGGAUCUCGCUAAAGAAUACAAUUGGGAUUAG